AUGACUGUUCGUAGAAAGUACACACCAGAGGUUCUCUUGAGCGCCCCCAGGAGGUCUGCGGCUAUCCCCAGCCCUGAUGGGAAGCUAGCCCUCUACACACAGUCUCUGUACUCAUUCGAAACCCACACGCGCACCACCGAAGUUCACGUUUUAGAUCUGGUCAACCAUCAAGUUGUGGUCAUCAGCAAAGAUCCCAAAAUCAGUGAACCCAAGUGGACUGGCCAUGGCUAUGAAGUCGUCUGGUUGAAGGAAUGCGACAAUGGAAACACCAGCUUGGUCAUCUCCGAUGCCUCUCUUCCGGGAAAGGUCUACACCGCCGGCACGGUGCCUGGACCCAUUUCGAAUCUCAAAUUGUUUCCCACCGAGGCAGGCAAGGUAGCAAUCGCUGUUGCAGCUUCUGCUAAUCCUGAUGGGUCACUUCACAACCCCAAAGACGUCCCAAAAUCACACAGCUCCGCUCGAGUUUACGAUUCACUAUUCGUCCGCCAUUGGGAUUCAUACAUCACCGAGCAACGCAACGCCAUUUUUACCGGACUGCUUCAGAAAUCUCAACCCGUCGUCACUUCUCGACCAGGCCGGUAUAGCCUGUUAGGCUUUGCCAAUGCUCUUCAAGGCACCAAAUUGGAAUGCCCAAUCCCACCGUUCGGCGGCACCGACCAUUUCGAUAUCGGCCGCCUUGGACUGAUCGUCGUCUCUAAGGAUCCCAAUCUCGACCCAGCCACCCACACCAAGUGCAAUGCUUAUUUUCUAGCCAAGAAGAAUGUAUUGGACACAAGUCCAGCAGUGGUUCACAAGAUUCAUGUCCCUGGACUCAACGGCGCUGCUUCGUCUCCCGUGUUCUCUCCAGAUGGGUCGUCGGUAGCCUUCCUCCAGAUGGCCACUGAUGGAUAUGAGAGUGACAGAAACCGCAUUGUAUUUGGUCAUGGCCUUGACAACGGUGAAAUUAUGGCGCAUGAACUGAGAUGUCAAGUUGAUAGCUUUACUGGGUGGGACAGAUCACCCUCGACAAUCAAAUGGUCUGUCGAUGGAAAGACUCUGCUUCUUGAGGCAGAAGAUGUUGGACGUGGUUGUCUUUUCGCGCUCGAAUUGGACGCUGCUUUCCCGGGACCCAGUUGGCAACCGAGAAAAAUAGCUUCUGGGGGUUACAUUAUCGAUUUUGCACCUCUCGCAAACAAUUCAAACUUACUUCUUGUUUCCAGCAACAGCCUGGUCGAUAACAGCACAUACACCAUCGUUGAUCCCACGGGAGAAUCUCAGGCAACGGUGAUUUCUUCGCUAUCUCGAAGCGGCUCCCUCUUUGGCCUGUCUCCCGAACAAGUGUCAGAACUAUGGUGGAAAGGUGCCAAUGAUCACCCUGUGCACGCGUGGAUGAUGAAGCCGUCAUUUUUCAAAGCGGAUCAAAAGUAUCCUCUUGCGUACUUGAUUCAUGGUGGACCACAAGGAGCGUGGAACGAUCAGUGGUCAACCCGGUGGAACCCGGCCGUCUUCGCCGAGCAGGGUUAUGUAGUCAUUUGCCCUAACCCUACGGGAUCGACAGGCUAUGGCCAAGCAUUUACGGACGCUAUUCGAAACGAAUGGGGAGGUUUACCUUACGAAGAUCUCGUCAAAGGAUUCGAGUACAUCGAGUCAGAACUGGAAUACGUGGACACCAACAAGGCUGUUGCAUUGGGUGCCAGCUAUGGAGGUUAUAUGAUGAAUUGGUUCCAGGGACACGAUCUCGGACGCAAAUUCAAGGCGAUCGUUUGUCAUGAUGGGGUUUUCAGUAUGACAGGCCAGCUGGCCUCGGAAGAGCAAUACUUUCCGAUUCACGACUUGGGAGGACCCAUCUGGGAGCGACAAGAGAUGUACGACAAGUGGGAUCCCAGUCAAUUUACCAAGCACUGGGAGACGCCAAUGCUUGUCAUUCACAAUGAACUCGAUUAUCGAUUGACCAUCUCGGAGGGCCUGUCAGCCUUCAAUGUUCUACAGAUGAGGAACAUCGAGAGUCGAUUUCUCAGCUUCCCAGAUGAAAAUCACUGGGUAUUGAAGCCGGAGAACAGCCUUGUGUGGCACUUGGUAGUGCUCAACUGGAUCAACAAAUUCGUGGGUCUACCGAAGUUGACGGAUCGACAAGGCCGAGACGGAUCGUCUUUCUGCCGACAAGGGCGGAGGCGAAGGCAGAACAGCAUCCGAGUGCUAGGGUCCUCCAGAAUCGAGCAGUGA